AUGUACCGUGCUGCAGGCAAGCCAGUUCUCGCUGUCUCCAACUUCGACGUGGGGAACCGUCGCCCGGCCUCUGUGUCGAUGACCAACAGCAAGCUGCGGUUGUUUUCCGGCACUUCCAAUCCGCUACUGUCACAGGAAGUUGCACACUACUUGGGGCUGCAGCUCGGCGGCAUCAAGAUCAAGCGCUUCGCGGACGGCGAGAUCUACGUUCAGGUGCAGGAGUCGAUUCGUGGCUGCGAUGUGUUCUUGAUCCAGCCCACGUGUCCCCCGGCGAACGACCAUCUCAUGGAGCUACUCAUCAUGGUGGACGCGUGCAAACGCGCGUCGGCGCGCUCGAUCACCGCUGUCAUCCCUUACUUCGGAUACGCGCGUGCCGACCGGAAGACACAAGGCCGCGAGUCUAUCGCUGCGAAGUUGACAGCGAACCUCAUCACGGAGAGCGGCGCAGAUCGCGUGCUAGUCGUCGACUUGCACUCGGGGCAGUGCGUCGGGUACUUCGAUAUCCCCGUCGAUCACGCCUACGGGUCCACUGUUCUGUUGGACUACCUCGCGUCUAAGCGCAUCCCGGAAGGCGAUUUGGUCGUGGUGUCGCCGGACGUGGGUGGCGUUGCUCGCGCGCGGGCGUUUGCCAAGAAGCUGAACGACGCCCCGCUGGCGAUCGUCGACAAGCGACGAAGCGCGCACAACGUCAGCGAGGUGAUGAACCUCAUCGGCGACGUGAACGGCAAGGUCGCGGUGCUGGUCGACGACAUGAUCGACACGGCAGGCACCAUCACCAACGCUGCGAAGGUCUUGCACGACAACGGCGCGCGCGAAGUGUACGCUUGCGCGACCCACGCCGUGUUCUCGCCACCAGCAAUCCAGCGACUAUCUUCAGGCGUAUUCCAGGAAGUCAUGGUGACGGACAGCAUCCCUGUGGCACCAGAGAACAUGUUUCCGCAGCUGACAGUGCUGUCGGUAGCAAACAUCCUGGGAGAAACAAUCUGGCGUGUUUACAAUGCAUCCUCUCUCCAGCAGAUGGCGUGA